AGGUGUUAUUAUUAUGUUUUUCAGGUGUUGCUGGUGCUGGGCUGUGGUGGGUUGUGCUGCUGCUGACAGACGACCUGACGUAUUCUUACAAUGAACCCGACUCGUUCGAAUACUCAGCCGAAUCAAGCGAAGCCAAGUACGACUUCAGAUGGGCCUGUGAAGGACGACUACUCCGACAACGACUUCGGCCAUCAGGAGUCCCGCGACGGCGACCGCACACAGGGAUCCUACUACGUGCAGCUCCCCGACGGCCGCCUGCAGACCGUCAAGUACUUCGUGGACGGCGACUCCGGCUACGUGGCUGAGGUCAGCUACGAGGGCGAGGCUCGCUAUGACUCGGCUGAGUCUCGAGAGUACGGGCGGCCAGUGUACUCUCCGCCAAGGCCAGUGUACUCCCAGCCAAGACGUGUGUACUCUUCUCCCGAGUCGGAGGAAUCCUUGGAGAUUCCUGUGUACAUUUCACCCAGACCUAUUUACGGGCCUCCAAGACCAACUUACGGCUGAAUGCGUCGGUCGUUCCCUUUGGUCUGUGUUGUUAUAAGACGUAGGUUCUGAAAAUGGUGUCUUUCCGUUAUUAAAGCGAUUUCUAUGAUCACAUAGCAGUUGUAUAUGUAGACUUUAUAUGGGUUAUUAUUACAUACCACACUCCUGGAACAAUGUAAUAAAGUAAGCUGUCACUUCUUUGUUUUGUUUCUCAUUUAUUGGGGAUGAAAGGCUUUAAUAAAUUAUUUUUAUAGACUGAUUUACUUUUUUCUCUAUAGUUAUGCCAUCUAUAGAAUGUUUCUUUUAUCCGACGUGGAAGUGCACGAUUGCAGUGGAUAAAAUUUGUUCUGGAACAACUCAUUGUGUUUGAAACAUUCCAAUAAACAAGAGUCUGCAU